GCCAUUUUUCACUAGGCAUCGCGGAUGCUUUUUCUCCCUGACCAAAGGAUAUUUGGUUUUUCCAUCAAAAUUCGUUGAUUUCGAGACGUCAAAUCGAAACCCCCCAUAAACGAGAUUGUCUACCGGCAGCGUGUGUGCAAUUGGCAAGUGGAUAUUGUCGGAAAGGGCAAGUUUUAGACCCCGAAAAAGCAGCCAUCAGCAGACGUCACACCUUUUCAGGCCACCACACCAAUACGAUUACAGUUACUAAUACCACGAUCCACAGACUAAUCCAACAACAACAAAACAAGUGCUAGCAAAAGAAGAAGAAGAAUUAGCAAAAGCAAAGUCAAAGUACUUAAUUUAGUACUUUCGCCUCGAAUUUAACUGCAUUUCCUCGCGAAAGCCGCAUUGAAUUUAUUUGGAAAUAUUACGCAAGUACUAUUUCUAGUCGUACCCGUUGGUUAAUCAUGGCUCAGUAAACAUGAAUCCGCAACGAGAAUACUUUGCUCAACGCACUCCGUGUGGAGACCAAGGCAAGACGCAAUUAGCUGCCCACUGGCAGCUGCCCAUCUAUACUAGUAGUACUAUUUCCGAUCCCAAGUGCCCCCAUAACCAUAACAACAACGAUGGACAGCAACAGCAACAACAACAGCAGCAAGAAGCAGCCUCAAUCCUCCAAUCAUCAUGCCAAGUCCUCGUCUGGUGAAUCAUCGCAAAGGAAGUCAAGUGACGUACAUGCCAACGGCAACAAGCAGCGGAACAACCGCCGACGGGAGCAGCUUCCCACACCACGCAACGAUCAGCAGCAGCGCAGCGCCAGGCAGCAGCAGCAGCAACAGCAGGCCCAGCAGCCGGCCAAGCUACGUCCGAAUGUGGACAAGCGACCGAGGGCUCGCGGGGGCGGGGGAUCAUACGAUUUCCCAGCAUCCCGCGGCGAGGACGGCGCUCCAGGCGGCUCCCGACUAGCCUACGCCGGCGCCGGCUACUCACGUGGCGGUGACUUUGACCAUGAACUGAACUCUGUGUACGCACAGGGCAGCAAGAAGCAGAAUCUGAACCAUCUGCUCAACUUUCACUGCGUGCCCAGGGAACUGGAGCGCGGGCAUCACCAGCAGCAGCAGCAGCACGGCCACCUGGGCGUCCGAAAGCAGCGCUACAACAAGGAGCAGUUCCUGCAGGCCAACUGCCAGUUCGUCAUUCGAUCGGGGGCCAAGGCGCAGGUGAAUGGCUCGCCGGAUACGCUCAUCGAUUGGAGCUACAUCGAGCAGAUCAACAUCCAGACCACCGAGGAGUUGCAGUGCCCCAUCUGUCUGUAUCCCCCGGUGGCGGCUAAGCUCACUAGAUGCGGACAUGCCUACUGUUGGCCCUGCUUACUGCACUAUCUCUCGCUGAGCGACAAAACCUGGCGCAAGUGUCCCAUCUGCUAUGAUGCCAUUCAUGCUGGAGAUCUGAAAAGCUGCACCAUCGAGCAGCAGAUGGAUUGGCAAGUGGGCGAGAGAAUUACCUUUCAUUUAAUGCGGCGCCGCAAGGGCUCCAUGUUUAUUGAAAAGCAUGCUGCAGGUUUGGGCGAAACCUUUGAGCGAUUCCCCUUCGUUUCGGCUGCGGAAGAGGCUAGACGCUACUCCAAGUUUCUAAUAGCCAAGCGGUCGGAUGUGGGCGCCAUUAUCGAGCGGGAGCGUUGCGAACUGCUAGCCGAAUCGGAUGACUCCUGUCCGGAGGAUGUGUUCAUCCAGCAGGCGCUUGUGAUGCUUAAGGAGCGUGGCGAAAAGUUGGGUCUCGAGAAACUCGAUCCCCGAGAGGAGGAGGAGGAAGUAGCACAGGCUCAUAGCCUAGAAACUGAAGCCAAGAUUGAUAUUGAGAAGCCAGACGAUGCCUCCAUCUCCUCGGGAGAGGUAUCAUCCAGCAGCCUGAGCUGCUCAUCAAACAACCACAAUAAAUAUUAUUAUUUCUACCAAUCCAACGACGGACAAAACAUCUAUUUGCAUCCCUUGAAUGUGAAGAUGCUGCAGGCCUGCUAUGGCACCUUGGAUUUGGGUCCACUACUCAUCGAGGCGCAGAUCGUGCAGAUGGAGCAGCACUCUAUGGACGAGGACCAUCGUCGCAAGUUCACUUGUCUCGGUCAUUUGCCUUUGACCUGCCAGUUUUCGGUUGUGGAGGUCGAACUACAGCCGCCAACUGUUUCUGGAGGAAUACUCAAGCUGUUCAAAGAGGAUAUUCUUCAUCGCAAGAAGGAGCGCCUGCGCCGGGAUCGUGAGGAGCGUAAGCGAGAGCAGCACAUCAACGAGAUCAAUGACCGCCAGAUGGGCAAACUAAUAGCCAGUGCAGCUAACCUCAACCUAAGCUCCUCCCAUGAGUUUCCCACUUGCGGCUUCGAGGAGGCUUUGCCCAGUCCCAGUGGCUCUGUGCCCGUGGUUAUCAGCCACCAGGAGAGCAGCUCCCGCUACUCCAGCGUCACUCAGGCCAGCGCCAGUCCCAAGCAGGAGCUGUGGCCCACUAUUGGAAGCGGAUCGCCUGGCAGUGGUGGUGCUGCAUCGCUGGAUUUCCAGGUGGGCGCCUGGGGACGCUCGGCUCCGCCGCCGCCACGUGCUGUUGUGGCGCCAAAAACCGGCGAAGAGGAUUCCGAGCAGCGAUCUGUAGGCCACUGGGGUUUGGGAGAACUUCUAGUAGGAGCCUUGGACCAGAAGAAGCAAAAGGUAGGAGGCGGAAAGGCCAAUGCAGCUGCUCCCGCUGAAUCCAAGAAGCAAAAGAAAGCCAAGGGCAAGAAAAUGGUUCCCCUGUUUGCCACCGGCAUGAACAGAGCUCCAUGAAGGAUUAGAGUAGAGCAUCGAAGUUAUCAAGUCUACAAGAUUUAUUGUACUUUUUGUUUCGAUGCGAAUAUUUCAACGUUAUUUCAAAUAACAAACACGCGAUUGUUCUUUCAUUAGGGAGGAUUUGAAAAAUCAUUCAGCUAAACUAUAAUUUAACCCAACUUAUAUUCACAUUACUCACAUAAGCAUAACCAAUAAAGGCAGCAAGUAAAAUAUCAAA